AUAUUUAGAGACACAGCUUUCCUCAUGAAGGCUCUUAUGUGUGUUUUAGAAUUAUAUUAUUUCCCGCUUACGACACGUAACAUUGUAAAAGACGGCAUUAGUGUUUAUUGGACCGAACAACACAUGGGUGGAGUUGGUACAUUCCAAAUGGCGCCCGCUUGCUUAUUCGACGCUCUGCUAAUCCAUCUGUGAUUAUUAGCCGGCGAGUUCGGCAUUAAUCCUCCGCUUUUCGCUCGGAGAGAAGGGGUCUGGGGCGGACACACGCAGCGGUGUCAUGUCGGACUCGGAGGAGGAGAGCCAGGACCGACAACUGAAGAUUGUAGUCAUCGGCGACGGCGCUUGCGGAAAGACGUCACUCGCCACCAGGUUCGCUCAGGAGGCCUUUGGGAAGCAGUACAAACAAACCAUCGGCCUGGAUUUCUUCCUGAAGAGAAUAAGCCUUCCAGGCAAUCUGAACGUGACCCUGCAAGUGUGGGACAUUGGAGGACAGACAUUAGGAGGGAAAAUGCUGGAUAAAUACCUGUACGGAGCUAACGGGGUUCUCCUGGUGUACGACAUCACCAACUACCAGAGCUUUGAGAAUCUGGAGGACUGGUUCAGCAUGGUCAAGAAGGCCAACGAGGAAUCUGACGUCCAACCCGUCAUCUCGCUGGUAGGAAACAAAAUCGACCUGGAGCACAUGAGGACGGUGAAGGCCGACAAACACCAGCGCUUUUGCCAAGAGAACGGCCUCGUCAGUCAGUUUGUGUCCGCCAAGACCGGAGACUCGGUGUAUCUUUGUUUCCAGAAGGUUGCUGCCGAGAUUCUGGGCGUGAAGCUCAACAAAGCUGAAAUAGAACAGUCCCAGAGGAUUGUGAAGGCCGAGCUGGUCAACUACCCUCAGGAUGAAGGCCUCAUUAGACAAGACAACUGCCAGCAAAGCAAAAUAUGUUUGCUUCAAUAGCUGGAACGUGUGGUCAAGGCGGACAUCGUAAACUACAGUCAAGACACGGUGGCCCGGACGGUCAACACCCCUCGCAGUUCCAUGUGUGCGGUGCAGUGAGUCCACACAAUAAAAGCCCACCGAGAUGCCAUCUUGUCUGUCGAUCAGCCAGUAAGUCAGUAUUGCUUCUUCUUGCCGGCUGUGCCACCUGUACUCGUGUGUUCUUGCUCCUACGGCUGUGGCGAAGGACGGACACCCUUAAAUUUUUCGUAAUCGAUCUGUACAUCAUGACGUGAGUACAUUUUUCUUUGGUAUCCUUCUCUGUCACGAUCCCAGCGGAGAAAAGAGAAACCCAAUGACAUGUUUGCAUGUGAUGUCCUAAAUUAAUGUUCCACAGAUGAAUAUUGUGCAUAAUCUGUAAACUAGAUUACCAAUUUCAACCCAUCAUUUUUAAUUACAAGUAUUGCUUCUCUUUAGAUCGCUAAACCCUCCAUCAUUUCGGGUUUCCAUGUCUCCCGUCCAAAAGCAGAACCUAGUAACUCACUUCUAGAGAUACCCUUGAGAUACUAGGUUUUUCUGUUGUAUCUACGCGGCUAUGUGGUAGUUGCUAGGUCCUGCCAUGCGCCUAACACCUUACUUACGGAACAAAUUACAAUAUCACAUACACUGAUGUAAAGCAUAUCACCUAGUAACUCCAAAAUUAUUAUUAGCUCAGUUUUGAACAAAAUUGAGUUACUGGGUUUUGCCUUUGGACGGGAGAUGUGUGUGCUGUAAGCAAAAAGUGACAAUUGUCAGUAGAUUUUAUACUGUAUGUACAGUAAAGGUUGAUUUAAAGGGGAACAUAAUCACAGUUUCUGAAGGGUUAAAACCAAUAAAAAUCAGUUCACAGUAGCUUAUUUUAUUUUUCAAAGUUUUUCCUCAAAAAUUUACCCAUCACGCAAUAUCCCGAAAAACGGCUUCAAGGUCCCUGAUUUUAACCGUCGUUAUAUCCACUCGUCUAUUGUCAUGUGACGUCACUGCGUGAAGCCACCAGAAACAAACAUGUUGGAUAGCAUAGUAGCUCAGAUUCAGACUCGGAUUUCAGCGGCGCAAGCGAUUCAACAGAUUACGCAUGUAUUGAAACGGAUGGUUGGAGUGUGGAGGCAGAUAGCGAAAACGAAAUUGAAGAAGAAACUGAAGCUAUUGAGCCAUAUCACGACAGACAGUGGCACGAGAGGAAGCGAGGACGAAUUCCGCGAUCGCCCUCUAACCAACGAUUGGUAUGUGUUUGUUUGGCAUUAAAUGGGCUUGGAGGGAAAGGCUGGAUGCAAAUAUAGCUACAAAUGAUGCAAUAUGUACAUACAGCUAGCCUAAAUAGCAUGUUAGCAUCGGCGUGGCGCAGUGGAAGAGUGGCCGUGCGCAGCCCGAGGGUCCCUGGUUCAAUUCCCACCUAGUACCAACCUCGUCACGUCCGUUGUGUCCUGAGCAAGACACUUCACCCUUGCUCCUGAUGGGUGCUGGUUGGCGCCUUGCAUGGCAGCUCCCUCCAUCAGUGUGUGAAUGUGUGUGUGAAUGGGUAAAUGUGGAAGUAGUGUCAAAGCGCUUUGAGUACCUUGAAGGUAGAAAAGCGCUAUACAAGUACAACCCAUUAGCUUGCAGUCAUGCCGUGAUCAAAUAUGUCUGAUUAGCACACUCCACAUAAGUCAAUAACAUCAACAAAACUCACCUUUGUGAUUUCGUUGACUUUAUGGUUGGAAAUGCAUCUGCUUUGAGUGUCGCAGCAUAUCCACACAUUCUUGCCAUCUCUGUCGUAGCAUAGCUGUCGUCGGUAAAGUGUGCGGAGCGAACGAGGGACUUUCGCAUCUUUUGACCACUGUUGCAACUUGAAUCCGUCCCUGUUCGUGUUGUUACUACCUCCGACAACACACCGACGAGGCAUGAUGUCUUCAACGUAUGGAAAACAGUCGAAAAAACGGAAAAUAACAGAGCUGAUUUGACUUGGUUUGUGUAAUGUGUUUGAGAAAAUGGCGGAUUGCUUCACGUUGUGACGUCACGGGUGAAAGGUCAUUGCUCCGACAGCGAACAAUUGAAAGGCGUUUCAAUCGCCAAAUUCACCCUUUUAAAGAUCGGAAAUUGGUUAAAAAAACAUAUGGUCUUUUUUCUGCAACAUCAAGGUAUAUAUUGACGCUUACAUAGGUCUGGCGAUAAUGUUCCCCUUUAAAACAUCCAUAUCCCACCACAAUACUAAGAAUCAUCAACAUACACUCUCAAUCCAUUCUGUGUAAAUACAAGUAUGAUGACCUGAUCACAGUAUGUACAGUUGAGUUGGUUUCUGUUUUUAAAUAAAAGCUUUAUGUUGAAUAUGACAA